AUGUCAGCAAGCGUGGCCCUGGCACUGUCCCCUGUGACGGUUGCACUCUGUGUUCGGAAAUCUACUCGAGUCACCGCUGUGGUUGGAGGUCUUGUAGCAGCCCUAGGAUGUCUCUUUACAUCUUUCGCGACACAGUUUCACCAGCUAUUCUUCAGUUACGGGACCGUGGUCGGUGUGGGUGUGGGACUGACGAGAGACUGCUCCACUCUGAUGGUGGCCCAGUACUUCAAGCGACGCCGAGAGCUAGUAGAAAUAUUUAUAGUCAGCGGAAGUGGACUAGGUAUCGCUGUCAUGUCUACAUUCAUCAAAGGGGCGAUCAGAGCGAUCGGUUGGAGACUUGGCCUACAAGCAGUUACUGGAGUCGUAUUUGUAACAUUCAUACUCGGCACAUUCUACCGCUCAGCAUCUCUAUAUCACCCACAACGCCGGGCAAUUUUGCAUCUUAAAAACCAAAAUAAAAUCAAGAGAAAAAUGAAGGAUAGAAAUAAAUCCGAUGAUCGUCAGCCGUUCUUUGACUUCUCUACUCUAAGAUCCAAGACAGUGCGUAUACUUCUCAUGUCCACUGGAAUAUCUGCGUUUGGGAUUAAUACACCGAUUUUCUAUCUCGCGUAUCAUGCUGAAGAAGAAGGUUUGGGCGACACGGCAGAAAUACUGCAAGCGUACUUAGGCCUAGCCUGGGCGGUAGGUUGUGCAGCCUUUGGGUUACUGGUACGUCAGAAAUCAGCUGAGUGCCGCAUAGCAAGACAGUACUUGACCCAGGCUGCGGUGUUUGUCUGUGGUUUGGCGACCAUGGCUCUUACUGCUGUUGAAGGGUCACAUAGUGGAUAUGUCAUGUUUGCUUGGGUUUAUGGUAUAUUCUGUGGUGGCUACCACUACUCCUUAAAAAUGUACACUUACGAACGCGUGCGAUCACGAAACUUCGCCCGCACUUGGGGAUUCGUGCAGUGUUCGCAAGCUGUACCCAUUGCUAUUGGAGUGCCGCUCUCGGGGUAUAUAAACGUUGGUUGCGGCGGCAAGGCUGGUUACUACUUCAGUUCGACGUGCUCACUCAUAGGGUCGCUCUCGCUAUUUUGUAUUGACCUGCAUCGACGGAGUGUAGCGCACAAACAAACCAAAGAGAACGGCGGUACAGCGUCGUGCGAAGCUGCGCAUGGGCCGGCUCGUCGUAGCCGAAGUCGGGAUCGAGAACCGCGCGCAGCUACUGGCGCAGCCACCGCUUUAGUUCUAGGUGCAGAACUCGUGGCCCCAGGUCGAACUGGGCGCGACCUGCUGGACAGCAUAGGUCCAGGUAGUCUCGGGUCACCACCGCCUAACCUCCCGCCGGAGCUGACGUGCAUUAGCGAAGAGGGCGGCUUAGACCUAGACUUGGACUUAGACAUCCCAGAGCAUUUAUUAGAGGAUCUAGAUUGUGGAGGCGACUGUAUUACUAGCUGUAAUAAGGUAGAAAACUAUCUAAUGCUAAGCGAAUACGAGAACAAUUUAAUAGCAGAACUGCCAAAUGUAAACGAGCGUCGCGGCCGACGUUGGUCCAUAGUUGUAGCAAACUCGCCACAGCCUUCGAACCACGACACGCCUGAACACUCCAUCAAAUGGAAGAAAAAGUGCCAUAACACAAACGACAGACUGAUAACAGUUAUCAACGAGGCCUCCAUGUAA